AUGUCCGCCUCUGAGAAUACCACAAUGAAAGCAGUUCUUUAUAAGCCUGGAGGUGUGGAAAACCUAUAUACGGGUACAGUGGCGAAGCCUUCAGCAGAGAAAACUCAAGUAUUAAUCCGCGUUCGCUACUCAGCAAUUAACCGAGCUGACACAUUGCAGCGUCAAGGUCUUUACCCCCCUUUGCCAGGGGAAUCUGAAAUCUUAGGAUUGGAAGUCUCUGGUUUGAUAGAGGAGGUGGGCGAUGAAUGUGUUGGAAAAUGGAAGUAAGUUCUUAUGUAAAGCAGCUGGGAGAUUAGACAAAAUCAAUCACUGAUAUGCUCAAAAAGCUUGUUGCUAUAUUUAGACACUCUUCAAAAUACCCGCGGAAAAUAAACUUGGGCGUCACAAAAUUGGAAUAAAUUUAAACGGCUAAAGACAAUUUUUGCCUGUUAAGACAAUACUAGUUUACUAGUUCACUUGAUUUUUAGCAAUGGAAGGCGUUGUCAAAAAUAAUACCAUUCUAGUCAGACUGUCCAAAGGAGAGGUAGAUUGGACUUGUUGUUACCCAUUGUAAUCCCUGGAAUGUAAUGUUUGAGUAAUUGGUAUUAGAUAAAUGGUUUGAAUUUAGGAGUCAUAUCUUAAAUAACUGACAUGUGAGCGUCCGGGUGAGUGUAUUCCGUGUGGAACUACACUCGCAAUGUCGACAAUAAACGAUAAAUAAACAAUCGAUCACAGGUCUACAUUCACCUAGACAAUCAUAGUCCACCCCUUGACAAAUCAAGUCUGGUGAGAGCCUAGAUCGCCUGGGAUCCAGCUCAAUCGACUCUCGAUAUGGCUACGCAUAUCGAGUUCCUUUCUUUAGUAUCUACUUGUGCUGAAAUGACUACAGUGUAGUUUGUAUUAGUAUGAUCCAGUGUGAGAAGCAUUGAUGCAUGAAUGUGCAGUGAUGCGGUGAAAGCGCCGUAAAAAUAGAGAAAACGGGAGACUUUUGUCUAACUCUGGCUAAAAUGUGAUGAAGCAGAUUAUUAUAGUUGAAGGGUUCAACCAGUAAUCAUUUUCACAAAUAAAAAGAAAAGUAAAAGAGAAAGAAAACAAGUUGCAGAUUUCAACACUGAAUCGGGUCUUUUGCGCUAGCGAGUAACUAUUGCAGUUUGAAAAACUGGGCAUUAGUAAAAUUUCGAGAUCGGAGCACAGAUCUUAUUCCAGAAUAAGGUUAAUAUAAAGAUGAUGAAGAAGUUAUAUAAAGGAGAUGUCUUAACUACAUGUUUAGUCGCUUUUUUCCCUGAAUUUCUAGCAGAAUCAGUUGCAGACAUGUUGCGUUCCAAAACUUACCGCCGGUAUGAGUCCGCCAUUGUCUUUGUUUAAAAUUCUCCCACUGAGAAAAAAAUGCUGCAUUGUUAUUUCACAUCGUGACUGCAAACAGUCUUUUAUUUUUCUUCUUUUUUAAUUCGCAAAAUUUUACUUUUCCCUCACCGUGCGUGGCUCUGAGGUAAGAAGGACACCCGCAUUAUUUCACUGAGAAAUUUCACUUCUGUCUAGGAUCACCCACCCUAAUAAUUAAUUGUGCACGCAAGGGCCAGCCCAUGCUCUUUUUCAGUUCAUUAUUACAUCUUUCAUUGUGUGAUUUCAUUUUCACACUCCAGUGAUAAAUAUAAUUAUGAGCAAAACCCUUAUUCCUUUUAUUUUUGUUUUCGCCAUUGUCUAAUUUACCUGAGAAGCAAGACAAGGCCAAUAUGCCUUAAUUGGCUUCUUAGCUCGCUGAUCACAAAACGAGCUGUAGCAGCUGUAAAGCAAAUGUAACCAUACCGGUGAUGGCUACGAGCGUAUGGCAAAAAAAUCACUAGGCUCAUAAUUCCUGGUGUGCCUUAACCUGCGAUCGGGCGUCCUUUUUUCGGGCAUAGCGCGAAAGUCGGCGGACGGGUAAAGGGGAAAAAGAACGCCCCUUUUUGCCUCGCCUAAGAACCGCCUGAUCGUAGGUUGGGUCUGCAAGUAUUUGCUAAAAACGGAGAAAAACCGGGGCUGGAUGUGCGUGAACGGAGAGGUAAUAUUUAAGGGUUUCUCCUCAGUUAUCAUUUCCGAGCCACCUCAAGCGAAACAUUUACUCUAAAACGGCCUCACACUUCAGUUCUCGUAUAUCUCUCUGUAAUCGCUUCUAUCGUCUAAACGCGACGCGACUUUACGACGGCGACGGCGACGGCGACGGCACCGACAACGUCAAAAAGCGAUAGGUUUAUUGAGCAAAACAACAAUUUUGAACGUGCAUCACUCUUUUAUCUAUAUUUCUGGCUGUCACUGCACGACUACGAUGUGAAAAUGCCUAAUUUUACCUUUCAUGGAGUACACGUAAACAAGCGACGAAGAAUUUGCGUUUCACUUUCCAAACUUAAAGGAGGUCCCAAAGAAAUCAGCUUCAGGGAAAUUCCCAACAUUUGACAUUUUCAGCGAACUGGAAUAAAGGCGAAAAAUUGAGAAAAAACGCGAAUUCAUCACUUUUAAAGUGAUGUUCUCGCUGCGGUCGCCGUCGUCGAUGCAAAAACUCCUUAUUAGCGAGCUUAAAAACGACGGCGAUGGCUACACGAAAACGUCAUCACUUAAAAAGUGAAAUCACGCUGCUUCAAACUUUAUCGCGCUUAUUCCAUGUCGUUCAGUUCGUCAAAUGCCGGCUUCAAAAUUUCUUGAGUUGAACUCUAAAAGACUGUAUCGAAGUUCAGGAAAAGAAAAAGAAAGUCAUUGUCUUGUGUUCAUGUCCUCCACAAAACGUGGAAUUGGGCAGUUUCACGUUGCAGUCCUGCGGAGACGGCAAACAGANCUAUUAGCGAGCUUAAAAACGACGGCGAUGGCUACACGAAAACGUCAUCACUUAAAAAGUGAAAUCACGCUGCUUCAAACUUUAUCGCGCUUAUUCCAUCUCGUUCAGUUCGUCAAAUGCCGGCUUCAAAAUUUCUUGAGUUGAACUCUAAAAGACUGUAUCGAAGUUCAGGAAAAGAAAAAGAAAGUCAUUGUCUUGUGUUCAUGUCCUCCACAAAACGUGGAAUUGGGCAGUUUCACGUUGCAGUCCUGCGGAGACGGCAAACAGAAUUAUGUACAAACUAGAAAGAACGUAUCUCUCCCUCGGUGUGGCGCUUAAGUUAAACCGGCUGCUGGGCGCGGUUGGAAACUUGCUCCCUUCUGGCCUCAUAGCUCAGUUGGCAGGGAAUUUAUAAUCCGGAGGUCGUUUGCCUCGCCUGCUCUCUAAUUCCCUUUCAGGGUAGGGCUAAGGUUUAGUAGGGCCUAUAUAUGGUCAUACGGGCUUCACUUUAUCGUCAGCUUUCUUUUAACUUGAGAGGUUUAAUUCUAACGUAAGGGUCUAAGGGAAAGUUAAGUCAAUGGCAGGUGAUACGGAAUGACCAACCAUGCCUUUCUCGGUUAUCUAUAGACCUAGCCUCCCACGCAGGCGUUUUUAGGGGAGCUCGUAGGAAGAAAUACGAGCUCCCCUAAAAACGCCUGCGUGGGAGGCUACUAUAGACCCGACUACAGGUGUUGUGUCGGAGUUGUAAUCUUCCCUUAACCCUUUAAACCCUAAGAGUGAUCAGCACCUAAUUUCUCCUUGCAACAUCAAUGCUUUGUAACUGAGAAUUACGGACAUGAUUGCAGAAGAUAAAUAUGCUUGAUAUAUUAUCAAUUUUUCCCCACUACUUCUGUAGGAAAUGAAUAGGAGCAACAAAUGAGAAUUCAAGUUUUGAUCUCUUAGGGUUUAAAAGGUUAAGUUUCCCUCCAAAUCCGCCCUAACCAGGACAAACCAAGUGAAGAGAGCCGAAUUUGUUCCGGUCUCAUCCUAAGCAUUGCUGCUGGUCUUUCUUCGCAUUCAACCAGCAACCAUUUCGCGAAAUUUUACAGACUUUUGCUCACCAUUCAAAUGCCAGAAAAAUCUUUCGCAACUUUACGGGGGAGCUAUAUCUUUCCUCUUAUCUGAUAUAUCACUCUCAAACCUUCAAAAAUUUUGACGUCCUCUUUGUGUUGUUGGAUUAUCGCUCCUUUUGUUCUUCGCGGAAAGUUGAAAAAAAGAGGGAUGCUCUACUGCCCGCUUAAAUAGCAUGACCCCGCGACUAGUUAUCUAGUCUAUUAACUCAGCCCUUCCAGUUUCCUUAGCUUCACAAAAUAACUUUAGGCACUGUUACGUUCUUUUUUGUAGGAAAGGUGACCAAGUUAUGGCCUUGUUAGGAGGUAAGGAAUGCUAACAGUCUGAAAUACACAAUCAUUAUAUUGAUUAUAGGUUUCUGGGAAACUGCUCACCUACCCCUCCCCUGAGCCAACAUUAACACUAACUUCUCACUAAGGGCAAAAUGUUAGCUUUGGGAAGGGGUAGUUGGGCGGUUUCCCAACAAAUCAAAAACAAAGAACCAAAUAAACUAUUGCUUCCUUCAAACACCUGGCUCAUGGUGUUGCUACGUUUACUCUUCCUAUGAUAAUCAUGCAAUUAUUUAUUGGACAUCUAAAUUUGUUAUGUAAAGUCCAUUUUCAUUCUUCUAGCAACAGAUUUACAGAAUCAGCAGUAACCUGUUCUAAACAAAACACGGACGAGAUCAAAUCAACCUCUUUACCCUCGAAAUGAUAAAAACUUUGAUCCGAUCACAUCCGAUCCAGUUAUUAGUUAUUAAUAAGGAGGGCGCAGGAUAUAGACGGCAGUGAAAACAUCAUUUACAACUUCAACUUCAACUUUAUUUCAUAAGACUAUUGGUUACAAUAGACUGGCCCGCAAAAUAGCAAUUGCUAAUCUAGGCGGACCAGUUAAAAGAAAAAUAAACUGAAAGGAAAAGAAGGGAAAAGGAAAAGGAAGGAAAAAACUACAAUUUUAAGUUACAAUAAAUAAUAUUCUAUCACAGUUUUAUUUUAAUUACAUUAAAUCUGAACUAGCAAACAAACAAAUACAUUAAGUGCAUUUGCAUUCUUUAAAAAUUUACGGCCGUUACUGUAACUGACUCAAUUAGUGAGAUGAAGGCAAGUUUUCUUGGAGUUGAAUUUAGAGAGCACGUCAAAGGGUAAAAAGAGAGAGGAGAAAAAUGUCGUCGAACGUUUAAGUCCUCUAAAAAAUGUCACAUUUAUGGAAGUUCGACGUUUUAGUCGUGCAGUCACAACGAUGAAAUGUACAAAAAAGCGUGAUGCACGUGUAGCGUUGUUUUGGCGACCCCGUUACCGUCACCGUCGUUGUAGCCUGCGCCACAGACGAAACUAAGCCUCUGGUUAAGUCCGUGAGCGAAUCAGCGCGGAAAUCCUUGUUCUGGGUCCCAGCUGUUUACCAGGAUUUGAGUACGCGCCAUGAUUGAUCUGUUAAAAAAGCCAUUGUUGAUUUGCCAAUUAGGACGAAAGAAAAUUCGAAACGCGCUUCCGGUAAUUAGUUGAGUCCGUCGGGGGUCCAGAACAAGGAAAUCGGUACUGCCUCUAGUCUCCUUCGCAGCCGUUAUUAGGGUCGUCACGCAACGCUCCUCCCCACUAGUUAGUGCUGCAUCGCACUAACCAAGGUUAAAUUAUGUCUCCAACACAGGCUACCGUCGUUGUUGCUUUUAAGGAACUCCCUACGUAUUGUGAACAGCCUAUCUAAACUACCUUCUAAAAAUUUUUUUGGUUAUUGCUUUUACAGGUGGAGGUUAUGCUGAGUAUGUGGCUGUUGAUGAAGCACUUGUAAUGCCUGUCCCAGACUCUUCCAAACUCUCGGAUGCCGCGGCCAUCCCUGAAGUUUGGUUAACAGCAUAUCAACUAUUGCAUUUUCUUGGCAAAGUUAAAAGCGGCGAAGUAGUAUUAAUCCAUGCCGGGGGCAGUGGCGUUGGUACUGCUCUGGUACAACUGUCAAGGUUAGCUGGAGCAAGGCCUUUUGUUACUGCAGGAUCAGAGGAAAAGAUUAAGAUGGCUGAGUCACUAGGAGCUGAAGGAGGUUUCAACUACAAAACAGGAAAUUUCUCCGGUUGGGUGGAAAAUGUUACAAAUGGUACUUGAUGUUGUUAACUUGUAAUGGUAAUAGGACUGAGUGGAGUCCAAUUCGGUCUGUAAUCAUACGAGUGAUUAACAAAAUCGCACGACUGCCUAGCGGGAGUCCGAUUUGUUUAAUCACGAGUAUGAUUUCAGACCGAAUUGGACGACACGAAGUUCUGUUACCAAUUAAUCAUAACUAUAACAAAAUUUGUUAUAUUUUAGACUUUUUUCUAAUUAAAACACAAGAAAUUCCUAGAGUUUUUUUUUUCCAAGCAGUGAAAAAAGGCCAUUUAAGCACGCGUGUGCGAUGGCGCGUACUGUCCCAUUACACCGUCCUAUUAGUGCUAAAAUCAGAACAGUUGAUAGCCAAUCAGAUUUUGAGGAUUUUGUAACAGUUAUGAUUAAGGAUGAACAAAAGUAAAAUCGUGGUGUUGUGACCUCCUCAGAUACCGUGGGUGCCAGAGACUUUUUUCUCACUUGUGGUGGAAUACUUCGGUUUUGCUUGCAGGCUGACAGGUGACUUGAUCGAAACAAGGAAUGACGCUUGAAAAGCCUCUGGCAUCUAGUGUAUUCUUGAGAUUGCAACUCUGAGAAACUGAGCCUGUAUGCAGAUGUACCCUACCCCGCUUAAUGGACACCUCAGUAUUAUGCACAGUUAGCUUUGUCUCUGAAGAAAGACAGCCCUCACAUUUCCUCUAAAUUCAACCUGCUCAGUACGGAAACCCCGUUAACAAGGACACUUUCUGUGGUCCCCAUAGUGUCCGUACUAACAAGGUGUGACCGUAUCAUAUUAUGUUUCUGUCUCAAGAGCCUGUUCUUGUUCCCAUUUUUCCCUCACCCUGCGGAAAUAAUAUAUUUCAACCUAUCUACGUUUUCUGUUUGUACAGUCCCAUAGCAUAGAUUUAAUGCUUUAUCAAUUCACUAUACUUACCAUUAAUGCAUGUAUUCUCCCAGGUCAAGGGGCAAAUGUGAUCCUUGAUUGUGUUGGAAGCUCAUUUUGGGAACAGAAUAUAAAGAGUCUUGCUGUUGAUGGUCGUUGGAUCUUGUAUGGAUUGUUGGGCGGUAAUAAUGUCUCAGGUAACCUCCUUGGACCUGUCCUCAAGAAGAGAGUUUCACUUAUAGGAACAACACUCAAGAGUAGACCACUUGCUGUAAGUUAUUAUUCUCAGAAGUAUUAGGAUCAGAAUAAAAUGGAGCUAGAGAGAAAAUCAUAAAAAGAAUCAUCUUUUUAGUAAGAUUCACGUGGUAACAUAUUUGUUAACCAGGCACCUGCACUGAAACUUAAAACCUAACAGACUCAUGCAUACCUCAAUCCACUCACUAACCCCCUUCCCGCCCACUUUUAGAAAAAAACGUUUAUUGCAUCAAAUUGUGCCGUGUAGGAGGGUUUUACCUGUUCGCUAUGUUAAUAAUUUUUUCUUUGUCUCUGUGUGUGAAAAGCCAAGGGAUGAGGGAAUUUACGAUCAACAACGGAAACAAGAACAUCCCUAAAAACUGAAUUUGCGUUCUUUUAGUCAUACUUUGUCAAAGUAGGUGAACCCUCCUGAAGUUUAAUUCUAAGCGACUCUAUCCAAGUUCAAACCUGUACAAACUGUACUGAAGUGGUGGAAGGGAGCGUGUACCACUUUUCAAUACCUAUGGUGCCUCACUGUACUUUUUGAUCAUUUUGCAGUACAAAAAAGAGCUGGUAGAGGAGUUUUCAGACAGAAUUGUUCCACAGUUUGCAAAUGGGACACUCAAGACUAUUGUGGAUUCAGUUUUCACCAUAGAUGAAAUCCAGCUUGCUCACAAAAGAAUGGAGUCUAAUGAAAAUAUCGGCAAAAUAGUUUUACAAAUAAUCGCAACUUUACGGGGGAGCUAUAUCUUUCCUCUUAUCUGAUAUAUCACUCUCAAACCUUCAAAAAUUUUGACGUCCUCUUUGUGUUGUUGGAUUAUCGCUCCUUUUGUUCUUCGCGGAAAGUUGAAAAAACGAGGGAUGCUCUACUGCCCGCUUAAAUAGCAUGACCUCGCGACUAGUUAUCUAGUCUAUUAACUCAGCCCUUCCAGUUUCCUUAGCUUCACAAAAUAACUUUAGGCACUGUUACGUUCUUUUUUGUAGGAAAGGUGACCAAGUUAUGGCCUUGUUAGGAGGUAAGGAAUGUUAACAGUCUGAAAUACACAAUCAUUAUAUUGAUUAUAGGUUUCUGGGAAACUGCUCACCUACCCCUCCCCUGAGCCAACAUUAACACUAACUUCUCACUAAGGGCAAAAUGUUAGCUUUGGGAAGGGGUAGUUGGGCGGUUUCCCAACAAAUCAAAAACAAAGAACCAAAUAAACUAUUGCUUCCUUCAAACACCUGGCUCAUGGUGUUGCUACGUUUACUCUUCCUAUGAUAAUCAUGCAAUUAUUUAUUGGACAUCUAAAUUUGUUAUGUAAAGUCCAUUUCAUUCUUCUAGCAACAGAUUUACAGAAUCAGCAGUAACCUGUUCUAAACAAAACACGGACGAGAUCAAAUCAACCUCUUUACCCUCGAAAUGAUAAAAACUUUGAUCCGAUCACAUCCGAUCCAGUUAUUAGUUAUUAAUAAGGAGGGCGCAGGAUAUAGACGGCAGUGAAAACAUCAUUUACAACUUCAACUUCAACUUUAUUUCAUAAGACUAUUGGUUACAAUAGACUGGCCCGCAAAAUAGCAAUUGCUAAUCUAGGCGGACCAGUUAAAAGAAAAAUAAACUGAAAGGAAAAGAAGGGAAAAGGAAAAGGAAGGAAAAAACUACAAUUUUAAGUUACAAUAAAUAAUAUUCUAUCACAGUUUUAUUUUAAUUACAUUAAAUCUGAACUAGCAAACAAACAAAUACAUUAAGUGCAUUUGCAUUCUUUAAAAAUUUACGGCCGUUACUGUAACUGACUCAAUUAGUGAGAUGAAGGCAAGUUUUCUUGGAGUUGAAUUUAGAGAGCACGUCAAAGGGUAAAAAGAGAGAGGAGAAAAAUGUCGUCGAACGUUUAAGUCCUCUAAAAAAUGUCACAUUUAUGGAAGUUCGACGUUUUAGUCGUGCAGUCACAACGAUGAAAUGUACAAAAAAGCGUGAUGCACGUGUAGCGUUGUUUUGGCGACCCCGUUACCGUCACCGUCGUUGUAGCCUGCGCCACAGACGAAACUAAGCCUCUGGUUAAGUCCGUGNAAUCAUGCAAUUAUUUAUUGGACAUCUAAAUUUGUUAUGUAAAGUCCAUUUUCAUUCUUCUAGCAACAGAUUUACAGAAUCAGCAGUAACCUGUUCUAAACAAAACACGGACGAGAUCAAAUCAACCUCUUUACCCUCGAAAUGAUAAAAACUUUGAUCCGAUCACAUCCGAUCCAGUUAUUAGUUAUUAAUAAGGAGGGCGCAGGAUAUAGACGGCAGUGAAAACAUCAUUUACAACUUCAACUUCAACUUUAUUUCAUAAGACUAUUGGUUACAAUAGACUGGCCCGCAAAAUAGCAAUUGCUAAUCUAGGCGGACCAGUUAAAAGAAAAAUAAACUGAAAGGAAAAGAAAGGAAAAGGAAAAGGAAGGAAAAAACUACAAUUUUAAGUUACAAUAAAUAAUAUUCUAUCACAGUUUUAUUUUAAUUACAUUAAAUCUGAACUAGCAAACAAACAAAUACAUUAAGUGCAUUUGCAUUCUUUAAAAAUUUACGGCCGUUACUGUAACUGACUCAAUUAGUGAGAUGAAGGCAAGUUUUCUUGGAGUUGAAUUUAGAGAGCACGUCAAAGGGUAAAAAGAGAGAGGAGAAAAAUGUCGUCGAACGUUUAAGUCCUCUAAAAAAUGUCACAUUUAUGGAAGUUCGACGUUUUAGUCGUGCAGUCACAACGAUGAAAUGUACAAAAAAGCGUGAUGCACGUGUAGCGUUGUUUUGGCGACCCCGUUACCGUCACCGUCGUUGUAGCCUGCGCCACAGACGAAACUAAGCCUCUGGUUAAGUCCGUGUGCGAAUCAGCGCGGAAAUCCUUGUUCUGGGCCCCAGCUGUUUACCAGGAUUUGAGUACGCGCCAUGAUUGGUCUGUUAAAAAAGCCAUUGUUGAUUUGCCAAUUAGGACGAAAGAAAAUUCGAAACGCGCUUCCGGUAAUUAGUUGAGUCCGUCGGGGGUCCAGAACAAGGAAAUCGGUGCUGCCUCUAGUCUCCUUCGCAGCCGUUAUUAGGGUCGUCACGCAACGCUCCUCCCGACUAGUUAGUGGGGAGGAGCGUUGCGUGACGACCCUAAUAACGGCUGCGAAGGAGACUAUGCUGCCCUCCCACUAACCAAGGUUAAAUUAUGUCUCCAACACAGGCUACCGUCGUUGUUGCUUUUAAGGAACUCCCUACGUAUUGUGAACGGCCUAUCUAAACUACCUUUUAAAUUUUUUUUUUGUUAUUGCUUUUAAAGGUGGAGGUUAUGCAGAGUAUGUGGCUGUUGAUGAAGCACUUGCAAUGCCUGUCCCAGACUCUUACAAACUCUCGGAUGCCGCGGCCAUCCCUGAAGUUUGGUUAACAGCAUAUCAACUAUUGCAUUUUCUUGGCAAAGUUAAAAGCGGCGAAGUAGUAUUAAUCCAUGCCGGGGGCAGUGGCGUUGGUACUGCUCUGGUACAGCUGUCAAGGUUAGCUGGAGCAAGGCCUUUUGUUACUGCAGGAUCAGAGCAAAAGAUUAAAAUGGCUGAGUCACUAGGAGCUGAAGGAGGCUUUAACUACAAAACAGGAAAUUUCUCAAGUUGGGUGGAAAAUGUUACAAAUGGUACUUGAUGUUGUAAACUUAUAAUGGUAAUAGGACUGAGUGGAGUCCAAUUCGGUCCGUAAUCAUACGAGUGAUUAACAAAAUCACACGACCGCAUACAGGAGUCCGAUUUCUUUAAUCAUGAGUACGAGCUAGUAUGAUUUCAGACUGAAUUAGAUGACACGAAGUUCUGUUACCAAUUAAUCAUAAGUGAUAACUAUAACAAAAUUUGUUAUAUUUUAGGCUUUUUUUCUAAUUAAAACACAAGAAAUUCUGAGAGUUUUUCUUUUUGCUGGCAGUCAAAAAGGCCAUUUAAGCAUGCGUGUGCGAUGGCACGUACUGUCCCAUGAUUACAUCGUCCUAUUAGUGCUAAAAUGAGGACAGUUGACAGCCAAUCAGAUUUGAGAAUUUUGUUAUCAGUUAUGAUUAAGGAUGAACAAAAGUAAAAUCGUGGUGUUGUGAUCUCCUCAGAUACUGUGGGUGCCAGAGAUUUUUUUCUCACUUGCCAUGGAAUACUUCGGUGUCGCUCACAGGCCGACAAGUGACUUGAUCGAAACAAGAAACGGCACAUGAAAAGCCUCUGGCAUCUAGUGUAUUCCUGAGAUUGCAACUCUGAGAAACUGAGCCUGUAUGCAGAUGUCCCCUACCCUGCUUAACGGACACCUCAGUAUUAUGCACAGUUAGCUUUGUCUCUGAAGAAAGACAGCCCUCACAUUUCCUCUAAAUUCAACCCGUUCAGUACAGAAACCUUGUUAAUAAGGACACUUUCUAUGGCCCCCACAGUGUCCGUACUAACAAGGUGUGACCGUAUCAUAUAUUAUUUUUCUGUCUCAAGAGCCUGUUCCUGCUCCUAUUUUCCCUCACCCUGCAGAAAGAAUAUAUUUCAACCUAUCUACAUUUUCUGUUUGUACAGUCACAUAGCAUAGAAUUAAUCCAUUAACAAUUCACUAUACUUACCAUUAAUAUUAUUUUGUAUUCUCCCAGAUCAAGGAGCAAAUGUGAUCCUUGAUUGUGUGGGGAGCUCAUUCUGGGAACAGAAUAUAAAGAGUAUUGCUGUUGAUGGUCGUUGGAUCCUGUAUGGAUUGCUGGGCGGUAAUAAUGUCUCAGGUAACCUCCUUGGACCUGUCCUCAAGAAGAGAGUUUCACUUAUAGGAACAACACUCAAGAGUAGACCACUUGCUGUAAGUUAUUAUUCUCUGAAGUAUUAGGAUCAGAAUAAAAUGGAGCUAGAGAGAAAAUCAUAAAAAAAAUAAUCUUUUUAGUAAGAUUCAUGUGGUAACAUAUUUGUUAGCCAGGCAUAUGCACUGAAACUUAAAACCUAACAGACUCAUGCAUACCUCAAUCCACCCACUAACCCCCUUCCCGCCCACUUCCAGAAAAAAACGUUUAUUGCAUCAAAUUGUGCCAUGUAGGAGGGUUUCACACGUUCACUAUGUUAGACGCCAAAAGUGAACUGACAGCAUUUUGGUUUUGGUUUCAUUUAUGUGAUCGGUUGGUUUCCCGCAUCAUUUUGGUUUUGGUUUUGGUUUUGGUUAGGGAAAGCUGUCAGUUCACUUUUGGCGACUAAUAAUUUUUUCUUUGUCUCUGCGUGUAAAAACCCAAGGGAUGAGGGGGUUUAUGAUGCAACCAUGGAAACGAGAACAUCCCUAAAAACUGAAUUUGCGUUCUUUCAGUCAUACUUUGUCAAAGUAGGUGAACCCUCCUGAAGUUUAAUUCCAAGCGACUCUAUCCAAGUUCAAACUUGUACAAACUGUAAGUGGUGGAAGUGAGCGUGUACCACUUUUCAUUACCUAUGGUGCCUCACUGUACUUUUUGAUCAUUUUGCAGUACAAAAAAAAGCUGGUAGAGGAGUUUUCAGACAGAAUUGUUCCACAGUUUGCAAAUGGAACACUCAAGACUAUUGUGGAUUCAGUUUUCACCAUCGAUGAAAUCCAGCUAGCUCACAAAAGAAUGGAGUCUAAUGAAAAUAUUGGGAAAAUAGUUUUACAAAUUAUGUAAGACUGUCAAAUAUGACCUCCAGCCAAGAAGAGUCAACUAUAAUUUCUCCAUUUUUUUUCAAUCAUUAUUUUUUUAUUUAUAUAUUUAUGAUUUCUUGUAUUGUAUAUAUAUCUCAAGAAAGGAAUUUUGUUAAGUACCCAAAAAGAAUAGCAAAUAGUGAGAGAGACUUUGCUAGUAGCACCGUAAUCGUAUUUCUGACCACUUAGAAACAACGACAGUGGUGACAACAAAUUGAAGCAACAUAGGUUUAAAAAGCAAGACAACAACUCUGUACCUGCAUAACAUAUACUUUUCAGUUGCUUUCCUGAAUGGUUAGUUUCUCUGCCGUCACUUUCCAUCACAUUAUCUGCAGAAUAAACCAAAGAGAAGCAUUUUGAAAUUAAACAUAAUAAAAAGCUUUAAAGGUCAAAAUAGGUAUUACUUCUUGUCACAUUCAACUGCAGUUCUCUUGUCCUUUGAUAUUCAGUGCUUUAAAUUUCUUCAUAAAAAAAGACUAGAAUAAGUUGAGAAAUUUCAUUUGAGUUUUAAAGUUUGCUUAUAACUACAUAAAAUAUACAGGAUGCAAAUGCUUCUCUUUUUUGUGUGCAGUUUGCUCACACUUGCAAAGUGGCCACUAUGGCUAAACCAAGGACCUGCUGUCCUGACCAAGGGCCGUAAAUGUAGCAACCAUUGUUUUUUUUUUAUGAUGCACGAUUAUUAAUUUGAUAAAGCUCAGAAGCUGUUGGCUUGUCACAAGCAAGUAGAAUGUUAUGGCACUACAGAAGAAAUUUCAGUUGACCACUGUUCUUUUACCAUUUACUUUUAUUUAUUUUUCCUUUUCUUCAGACAAAGGGAAAUAAACCUUGUAUGAACAUUAGACUUGAUGAUCAUCACUUGAAAGUGCUAAAAAAGACAAGGAUCUGCUAGAGUGAUUCGGUGUGCUACCCCCUCCCCCCCUCCCCCUUAUAAUAACUAUUGUAAUUUCUGAUACCUAAAACUGAGAAGAGUGCCCUCUUUGCACGAUAAACCAUUCUUCUGUGAUCCUUUCAUGCCACUAUAAUAUUUCUUAUGGUCUUCUCAAUUGAGAAACCUACCUGUCAUUUAAUGCCUGACAAGACACACAUCAAGAUCCCACUCCCAUACAAUAAACUCUGCAUAUGUAUGUUUUAGAAUGCCAUGAGUACUCUUUUUACUAAAAUCCAAAUCUGGACUUUUUAAUCCGAACAAGGAUAUUUUGUUUCUUUACUAAAAUCCAAAAACGGAUUAUUGAUCCAAAUAAUCCACAACGGAUCAUAUCCAAAACCGAAUACUUUCAAUACAUGAUCCGAAGCGUUUCUUUACUGUGGAUCCGAAAAGAAUGAACAUGGCCAGUGGUAACUCGAAACAAUUAUUUUAAUACAUACAUCAGCUUUUUGACAAGACUGCUUAUCUUUACGGCCAUUUUUUAACCAUAGUCAGGGAUGGGUGGGCUAAUAGCCCCGUAAGAAAGCUAGCUCGCCUCAUACUCAUAGUGAUCAAGCUCCGUAAAGAGUUGGCCCUGUAAAAUGUUCGGAAUGAACACCAAGAUCCAUCAACUGUUUCAAUUUUGACUACCUUCAUGUAGCUAACCUUUAUAGUCUUGUGAACAAACAUCGAUUUCAAUCAACCACCUGAAGCGUUCCAUUUAUACUUGGCCACACUUUGCGCGAGCAGUGUGAAAGAGUAGGUUUAUUAAUGGCCAUGGUGGUGAAGUCCAGUUUCGGUUGACUCCAAGCACUGUCCAAGAAUCGAACUUUCAAGGAUAAAGACCGCCAUCCGCCAUCUUAAAAUUGCGCCCGCGAUCGAUUGCAAUGUUUUCGUGAGAACGAAAACCUUUAAGUAUCGUUGUCAAUGUGUACCAUGCUUAGUUCCAGUCUUCUCUCGGUGGAAAGAUGAUAAGACAUAUUACAAAAGAAGUUGCACGUCUGUGGUUGAUAUCGUUUAUUCUUGAAAUCUUGCUUGUAUCUGGAAAUUCCACAAUGAGAGCAGUUCUUUACAAGCCUGGUGGUGUAGAGAAUCUUUAUAUUGGUACAGUAACAAAGCCAAAAGUAGACAAAACUAAGGUGUUAAUCCGCGCUCACUACACGGCGAUCAAUCGAGCUGACACAUUACAGCGCCGGGGGCUGUAUCCUCCUCCUGCGGGGGAAUCAGACAUCCUAGGGUUGGAAGUUGCUGGUGUGAUAGAGGAGAUUGGCGAGGAAUGUGCUGGAAAGUGGAUGUAAGUAUUUAACACAGUCAAUACUUGCGUCGAUAUCUACGGAGGCUAGGGAGCAUUUGGAUUCUCCCCCCCUCCUUCACCCCCUCCUCCCCGGGGGACUUCCAUUUUCCAGGGGACUUCCAUAUCCCCCCCGCAAAUAUGACUGGAAUCCGAACCCUCAAAUUUUUGUCGGUGCCCUAGGAAAGAUUUUUCUGAAUUAAGGGACAAAAAAUUUUGUUAGCCUCUUUGAAAAAAAAAAAUCGGCACCCCCUAUUCAAAAACCCAUCAUCCUUAUAGGGGGGCGGGGGGACGGGGGGCAGAUAAAUAGAUGCAACGUCCCCAGGUCUCGCUGAGGAGGCACAGAAAAGGGAGUCAAGAAAGGAACUGUCUUAAGAUUAUUGAACAUAUUGGGCAAAUACCGAGAAGGUUAUGUCCCAAAUUAUCCCAUAAUUUGCCCAUUGUUUGUUUUGUUAUAAGUUGUUUUAACCUGGGCGCCAUGAAAAGCUAUGUUCACAUUUUUGUUUUGGUUUUGUUUGUUGAAUAAAUUAUUUCUGCUCUUUUUCUUCUUUUUCCUUCUCUCUCUGUCACACAAUGUUGUGUGACAGACAGAGAGGUACCAGAACUGGACUAGUUCUUGAUGUGACAGGGAUAGAAAACAGAAUGACACUGAUGAAGAAUAACUGUGGGAAGGCAAGGGACUACUCAGCCUGUACUGAGUCCAUGAGGACGUCUGGGUUAUCCUGAUGGGUCUGACUGCAUCAACAAAAUUAAACCUGGCUUUAUUUCCUUAACUCACUGCUAGUAUCUACUUGACCGGUCCAAGUUAAGGAUUUAUCAGAUACACUACUAUAAAAAUUUUUAAAAUGAUUUUUUUUUUCAUUCAGUACAAAAGAUUGUUAUGAUCACGGUUUUCUUUUCUUUUCUUCUUCUUUUUUUUUCAUAGGAAAGGUGACCAUGUUAUGGCCUUGUUAGGUGGUGAGUACAAAAAUUUUGUUGUUUCUACCCACUUGAAGGAUAUCUGUGUUUGAAGUAAGAGUCACCAAAUCUCCCAGAUACAAUGGACUUUCAGGCUUUUCUAUGCCUUAGUUUGGAAUUAAGCCCAUUUAAUUUCUUCAAAAAUUUUACUUUUUUAAUUGACAGCAGAAUUUCUGUGGCAAAUUGCAUAAAUUUCUUCACUUAUGGAGAUUAUUUUUGUCAUUACAAUAAUUAUAAAAGUGAAUUUUGAUGGUUUGUUCUUUGCCUUAUAAAAUGUCCUAAGCCAAUAAUGUACCGGUAUCAUAAUUUGGGCACUGGGUCAAGUGGUGUUUUAUAUCGGAGGAUUGGGGGGAGGGGGGGGGGGGAGGGGGGAUAGCCUGAAUUUCAGACAAUUACUGACGGGGUAAAAACGACUCGAAGAAAUUGUCUGAAAUUGAGGAUUCAGCACAGGGGGGGGGAGGGAAAAAAAACAAAUAGAGUUCAUGUCCGCGGGCAUAAAAUAAAAUAUAUGCCAAUGUUUUGGCCGCGAGUAGGCACCCUUUUAGGAGUAAAAACGACUCGAAGUAAUUGUCUGAAAUUCAGGAUUCAGGCUAGGGGGGUGGAGUGAAGAACAAACAAUAGAGUUCAUGUCCGCAGGCAUAAAAUAAAAUAUAUGACUAUGUUUUGGGCCCGACUCAGCCUCAUUUUGAGCCACUAGGCUCUUGCUGUUAUAUUGUAUUGUUAGUUAAUCACUAGUCUUAAUUUUUAUAAAUUGUAAUUAUCACACAGCAUGUCUGAAAACCAGCUUGCUGAGCCAUUUACCAUGUUUAAAUAAAGUUGAUUGAUUGUUUGAUUGAUUGAGGCGAACGUUAAAAUGACCCGUAAGUCAGGCCCUAAAAACAGUGGUACUCAUGUAAGACAUUCAUUUAAGUUUACAAUGUACAAUGUUAGUCAGGGCUGUAGUUUAAAUAGCUAGAGGCAAGACAAGGCUAAAUAUUAUAGCCUAGUCUACAUGCUGUAAAUUUUGAUUCUUUAUUGAAUAAAAUACAUUCAGUCUUCAGUUGAACUAGAUUGAUUUUUCUGAAAAGAAAGAAAACUGAAAAUAUUAUUUCAGAGAUUUUGGAUUUUAAAAUUUUCUGGGGUAGGGCUUGUCCCCAGACCCUUCUAAGGGCCUUGCACCUUCAACAAUCACUCCAGUUAUGCCAAAAGUCUGGCUACAACUUUUAUAGUAGUGCUGUAAAUUGAAGGAACAUGUUUUUUACUAUCUUCUAAAUUUCCUAUAAAUUGUUUUUAAAGGCGGAGGUUAUGCUGAGUAUGUGGCUGUUGAUGAAGCACUUGUAAUGCCUGUCCCAGACUCUUACAAACUCUCGGAUGCUGCAGCCAUCCCUGAAGUUUGGUUAACAGCAUAUCAACUAUUGCAUUUUCUUGGCAAAGUUAAAAGUGGUGAAGUAGUAUUAAUCCAUGCCGGCGGCAGUGGCGUUGGUACUGCUCUAGUACAACUGUCAAAGUUAGCUGGAGCAAGGCCUUAUGUUACUGCGGGAUCAGAGGAAAAGAUUAAAAUGGCUGAGUCACUAGGAGCUGAAGGAGGCUUUAACUACAAAACGGGAAAUUUCUCAAGUUGGGUGGAAAAUGUUACAAAUGGUACUUGAUGUUCUGGCUAAAAAUGAUUCCUAAACUUGCUAAGAAUUAUGUGCUGUGUACACAUCACCUAUAUUUCCUAAUGUUUUACAGUUGAACCCUACUUUACAGACACCUGCUUAAUAUGGACACCUUGUUACUAUGGGCAGUUUUCCUUGUACCUAGCCCUUAUAUUUUCUCUAAAUUCAGCCCACUUAACACUGAUGCCGUGUUAAUAUAAGGACACUUUCUAAUUCUAUGGUCCCCUCAGUGUCUGUAUUAACAGCGUUUGACUGUAGAUUAAAAUUUACAAGCCUGCUUUAUACAGGUCUAGAAGUUUUUGUUAAAAUGAGUUGAAACCUUAAUUUGUUGUUUGCUUGAGUGAAAUUGUAAGCCUGUUCUUUCCCCAAAUGCUCAAAAGGAUCUGUUGCUAAUGGAUACAGAGAGGUGUAGAGAAGUGACAAGCACACAAACAUUAAAAAAACUUGCUUUGAAACUCUAUCUUGAUCUGAUCGUUGAUGAUCAAACUAAAGGUUCCUUACAAAGUCUUAGGGGACUAAAAAUACAUCUUCUAACAUCUCACCCCCAUGGCAUUAUAAUCAACCCCAAAAAUAAGAAUAUAAAAAUAAGAAAAAAAUAAAGAAAAAAAAGAAAACCAAGAAAAAAAAUGGCUUAACCGGAGUUUGCAUGCUUAAAUUAAGAUCUAUUAUUAUUUUAUUUUCUUCCAGGUCAAGGAGCAAAUGUGAUUCUUGAUUGUGUGGGAAGCUCAUUUUGGGAACAGAAUAUAAAGAGUCUUGCUGUUGAUGGUCGUUGGAUCUUGUAUGGUCUUUUGGGUGGCAGCAAUGUGAGUCCACUGGAGGAGUCCCUGUAGGAUUCCUUUUCUCGAAGUGAAUAUCCUUGCUGUGACUCCUCAUCUAGGGAACCACAUUCAAUAAUAAGAAAACAAAGUCCUAGAGAAUAUAGUCAAUACCAAAUGUUGAUAGAAAUUUAGUCACUUUAAAGUUGAACCUCUUUAGGAUAGCCACCCAUCCUUGGAGACCCAGGGGCAGUUAGUCGGGUCGAUAAAAUGUUCGUGGUGAAAGUUUACUGUAAGAUCAAGACGAGCUACCCAUCCUUGGAGACCCAGGGGCAGUUAGUCGGGUCGAUAAAAUGUUCGUGGUGAAAGUUUACUGUAAGAUCGAGACGCUCGUCUCGAUCUUACAGUAAACUUUCACCACGAACAUUUUAUCGACCCGACUAACUGCCCCUGGGUCUCCGAGGAUGAUAGCCACCUUGCAGGGGCACCCAAUGAGAAUAUAGUUCAAAAGCACUUAAACAUAGCAUUGUAAAACGUGUUUUAGUAUUUAAACGGUAGAUCUAUAAAGGCAUAUUUUUAUCCCCUAAAAAUUUUCCAUCUGUUCGGAUUUCCUAGCUGAAAGUCUAGUGUUCCAAAAAUUGUAGGGAUCAAGACUUACCUUUUCGGAAAUUUCAGCCAGAGAAAAGGCUCCCAAAAUUUCUAGGUGACCUUUUUUAGGGUAAAAAUCCCUUAAAAAUGGGCAAUUAUACCAUUUUUUAGAUGUUCGAAAAUUCUAGGAGAGGCAGGCAAGCAAGAAAUUUACAAAAAAAUGUUCCGAAAAUUCUAGACCUCAAAUCGUCUUCCGAACAGAUAUUUUCCGAAAAUUGACGUUGGAAGCCCCUGACCUUGGGGACAGAAGAAAGUGGCCAUUGUGAAGAAGUGGCCAUAGUAGAGAGGUUUUAAACAAGAGUCAAUAUGUAUGGAAAAAACCCUCCUUCAUGGACACCAGCUUAAUAUGGACACCUUGUCAUUAUGGAGAGCUUUCUUUGUCUCUAAGGAAAGAAAGCCCUUACAUUUUCUCUAAAUUCAACCUGCUUUCUACAGACACCCCAUUAAUAUGGACACUUUCUGUGGCCUCCUCAGUGUCCUUAUUAACAGGGUUUACAGUACAGAAUCCCUACAGUCAGUGUAGGUCAAGCGUACCCCACAAGAUUACAUUAAUGAAUUGAUUAUUUAAAAAAUGAAUCCGGUAGUUGUUCCCAUAACUUGUGUCAAAUUCAAAUCGGCAUUCCUGCAUGCAUAAUGAGCAGUGAGUAUUUUACAAGAACUUCUCUGUAUCUGUUCAGAUUGAACAUCUUUGACUGUUAAAUUGCUUCGAAGACAUUUUCAUCAAAUUCUGGGAAACUGAGCUGGUAGAUAUUUAAUUAACUACCUCGCGUGUAAAUUCACGGCUCAAAUUGCACGUGCAAGAAUGCAGAGAUGAAUCUGAAAUCUACAACUACCAACGGAUUCAACUUCUGAAUAAUAAAUUCAUUAAUGGAAUCUUGGGGAGUACACUUGACUGUAAGUCAAUCGUUUUCUUGUGCAAAUUAUUCCUAUUGUAUUUUAAAACUCAGUGGGAUUGACAAAAUUAAUAUAAAAACCAAUACAAAAUGAAUUCUGGUAGUUGUAGUCAAAUAAGGGCUACGAAGUAGCCUGUCCAAACCAGUUGUGCCGUUAUGGUAUUUUGCUAUGUCAAAACAAAACAAAAAUGGUAAUGGCUGGUUCACUAAUCAUUGGGUAUUAAUUUCCUGCUACAGUUACUGUAGCAUCAAUGAAAAAGUGGAAGAGGGCAACAGGGUGGGAAUGUGGGGGAGGCGGGAAGUGGAAGGAAAAGGGGGAAAAUAUACAAAACUCCUGAUUAUUUUGCGAUAGAAAAAGGGCUAAAGAGGGAACACCUUGAAUGAAGGGGUGGGAGGCAGAAAUGCUAGGCAUGGGAGGUGGGUGGUUUGGACCCCCCUAAACACCCCCUCCCCCCUUCCUCUAUCUGAAAACAGCAUUGUGGUAUUAGUGCAGCAAGAAGACUCCCUGCAGGUACUUUUAUGAUGCCUUACACAAAAAAACGGCUUAUCAUUAUUUUCCCCCAUUCUUUUGCAGUACAAAAGAGAACUGGUACAAGAGUUUUCAGAAAGAAUUGUUCCACAGUUUGA